AAAGACCUUUUUCAGUGGUGUGAAACGUCGAUUUUUCCCCAGAAGCAGCUCUCGCCGACACAGGCCCGCCGAUGAGCGCCAGAUCUUCGAGCCCUGUCGCGAACGCCGGCGCCGCGAGCGAAGGCGGAAGUUCCUCGGGAUCGAAGCACUCCUCAGUGAGAAGAUGCAAAAUUUGCGACUCGAUGUGGAUAGUACCUCCGAUGGGCGGAAGAUGAUAAACGCGACCAGUUCAUCAACAUCCGAUGAAAAUACGUGCUGCAUUUGCCACGACUCCAUGACGAGAGCCGACAGCGCGUUCUUCUGGAAUUGCGGACACCGGCUGCACGCAGCGUGUCUGGACAGCUGGAUCACGAAGGGGGCCGUGACCCCAGAGCAAGCGAAGCAGUGUGUUCGUUGCACGCAGCCAUUCUCUGAGGUCAGCUUCGACGCGGUCUGGCUGAAAUCUCUGUUCGAGGGGUUUUUGCCCUAUCGAGCCGCGGUGAAGAAUUCGCGCUGGUUCAACCGCGAUGAUAUCAGUUUGGUGGAGCGAGUUGCCGGUAGCGUGCCGAUGCCGAGCGACGGAGGCAACAUGAAGGCGAGAGAAGAUGAUGAGCACCAAGGCUCAGGCGAGGAGGAGGAGGACGACGAAGCCACAAGAAGGACAUUGCUCGACACAGUAUUUACUCGCCACAGCAAGCUGUUCAAAACGCUCAUGUGGCUCACGCUCGACAUUUUCCUCGUCGAAACGCUGCGCCGUGUGAAGUCAGAAGCGGUGGACGAUCUUGUUCUUGCAGCCUUGCUUACCCCGGUAUGCAAAACGGGAGAACUGAAAACACUGCCAAAAUCCGUCCAGGACCUUGUGAAAGAGUUCGGGCAGCGGCUGUUGCACCAGGAUAAAGGAGCUGCUGCGCAGACGCAAACGGGUGACGGCAAACGUAGUCAAGGUAGCGAAAAUACAGCAGACCAGAACCUCUUGCCAUCGAAAAUUCGCGACUUGCUCGAAGCUAACAAGCAGCAUGCAACGCAUCAGGAAAAGAAACAAAGGAUGUGGCUCCUUGCCAGGUUCGAGCGGGAUUUGCUAAAAAGACUGCAUAUCGCAUACAAAACAACCCAGUCUGAGCUAUUGAACACGCAAGAGAACAAAGCACUCUUCGCGAAAGAUUGGCAGAUGCUCAACCUUCUAAGCAAGUGCAGAAAGGACGAUGACGGAACCGAAAUGGAAGGACACCGGCAACCUCAUUCGCGCACGAAUCAACAGUUGAACCAGCCCAAGAACGACUGCGCCAGAAAAACUCGCGAGUUUGUCGCCAAUGCCUUCGAAAGCUUCGCAAACACGGUGGGUCUCGCGGUCAUGCCGCCCCGACACCGCAACCUCUGGGAGGCGCUCUCGCGGGGGGAUUCGCUGCGAACUGUCUUGAUCCGGCAAGCGACCUUUCUCGGCGGCUGCUACGGGUGGCUCGGGAUUUUGAGUUUGCUUUCGCACUACAUUUGGUUUAUCGGCGCGGAAUCCGUUUCCAAAGACCACAAGUGGGAAAGUCCGUUCUUUUCGGAAAGGCUGCCAGAUCCAGAUUUGGUAAUUUUCUUCACCAGAAAAUUAGUCGAAAUACUCCGUCUCUUGCCGAACGACACCUAUGCGCUUUUCGCCGGAACCGACGUCAUCCCAGAGGGAAUGGCUCAUUGGUGGCUGCUCCACCGCCAACUCCGCUUCAUCCAGAGGGCCGCCGCCCACGCUUGGAAGCUGGACGAUGGGACUGUCAGCCGCGAGACCCUCGCGGUGAUCGAAGCGCAGCAUUUUACUAAUCCAGAUGACGUGGAUAAGCACGCGGACAUUUUUCUCAUGCUCUUCAACUAUCAAAUGUAAAAAUGUCUGGGUCUGGAAGAGUGCAUGUUUGUCAUGCUUGUCUGGCACGACCCCAAUCUGUCAUGCACGUUACCCAAGAGCCGCAUUUUUCUGUCAUGCGGAGACGCAGUUUGUCAUGCAGAAUAGGCAACACCUAGAAGCUCAGAAAUUUGUCAUGUUGAGCCAGCACUUGUAGCCUCCUCAUGCUACGCCACUCAGCAUCACAAGUUUCCAGACCCAGACAUUUUUGCAUUUGAUAUCAACCGCCGGCGCGCGAUCGCGGGGAGUUUGACGGUGGUGUUGCUGAUGUUCUCCUGGUGCUUGUCCCUCGCGGGCACCUAUUGAGAGGAAAAAUCCCCCCUCCCCAUAUCAAAACGAUGUUUCUGAUGCUGGAUUUCCGUACACAAAUCAGAGCUGUCUUGCAGUAGAGGACUGCAGGCAUAUGCCGUGCCUGAGUACAGAGCUUCUGACGUGGACGCUUAGCAUCACAAAUAUCUAUGCUUUAGCCCAGAUAGCAUCACAAACCGUCCGUAUAAUGCGGCGGCGACUGUAGAAUUGCCUUCUUGCAAGACAAAAAGAUUUGUGGUCACAAAUCAGCAUUACUUACAAUUUUUAUUCUGAGAAGUAGCUUUUUGAUAUGGGGAGGGGGGAUUUUUCCUUACGAUAGCACCGCGGUUUCGGUCAGCCUCUGGUACGCAGCACAGGAGGUGCGAAGGAUAGUUCUAGCGCCGGAGACAGAUGAUAAUGAUGUUUUGCGACGUCAACAUGAACGCCGCGCUGCAGGAGCAUCAUCUGAGCAGGACAAAGAUGACGAAGAGGAAGAACUUGUCGCAGGUAAUUCCUAUCCCUAUACGAGCGACAGCGAGGUCGAGGAGGCACUGCGGCACCACCCGGAGUGGACGCGGCUGGUGGAGGAGGACGAGGGCCGCGGGAGAAGAACCCUCGGAGCUUCAUCUUUUUCGAGUAGAAACGAUGACUGCGCAACAUCCUCUUGCAGAACUGAUAGCAACGAUUCGGAGGCGGAACUGCGAAGAAAGCGAGAGAAGCGAAGGCGCAAAAACUUGCUUCGACAUCGAAGAGAUGACGCCCGGGAAGGUGCGAAUAAAAAUGUGAUCGAGCCGUCUCGGCAAGUCGUGGAGCGGCUCGAGAGACUAGUGUUGGAAUCUUUAGCGGAUCUCCAGGCCAUAGGUGCCUGCGUAGUUCUUGACGAGGAAAAAAUGCGCGGCGCAGCGCGAGAGGAGCAGCAGCAGCAGGAAAUACCAGAUCAGCAAGGACAAAAACCAGCAACUGUUGCAACGCCGGCGCCCUCUUCCGGCACAAAGACAACCGGCGAAGAUCCUCUCUCUGGCGCACCGAUAACAAGAGGACCGCUUGAGCACGACUCGUGCGCGCUCUUUCAACAGCUGCGGGCUGGCCGAGGACAAGCACAUGACUUUGUGCACGUGCCGGGCAAAGGGUUCUUUUCGCCGAAAAUUAAAAGUCUCAACCGCUCGGAGGAAAAGGUGGUGGACAAACGCAAUAAAUGCAUCUCGAGAGCUUCGACGAGUACAUCAACUGGGGUGCUGCACGACACGGCCGGUACGGGUAGAGGUGCCACGCCGGGCGCAGCAUCUUCUUCUUCGACAGCCCCGGUGAGCGCCAGCCAGGGUGAUCGAGCCCCCGUUCUUGAAGACCAAUCCUCGGUUUUGGCGGCUGCUGCGACCUCCAGUGCUGUCGAGCGGCGCAAAAACCCACGAGGGGAACCUACUGGUGCUGUACCGACGACAAAAACUACUAGCAAAACGUCGAGGUCGAGAACCAAAAGGCAGCAGCAAAUCCAUGCUGGCAGCAGGCUUUUGCUGGAAGAAGUGCUCGAGGACAAUGAAUGUUGUGGAGGUGCUGGAGCAUGUACGACAUCUACUGCAAAUUCGGACGUGGGUCCACUUCAACGUGAUCGGCUUCUGAAGGAUCCGCACGUCCGCAGCUUCCUCCUAGGGCCCACGACUGGGGGCACCACCAGCUGCAGAAAUGACCUGGAGUCCUGUGAUUUAAUGCAAAAAAUGGUGAAGGCCUUGGACGAAAGACUUUGCAGGAUUCUGGAAAUCUAUCAAGAAGAGAUGCAAUAAUUCAUCGGUAGCGCGCAGCUUGAGCAUAUGCAGUGAUCUUUCCGUUUUGACAGAUGAUAGACGAUUCCCUAGAUGGUAAACAACAUUCAACAGUAAUUGACCCUCGCAAAACUGCAUAAAAAAAGAAAGAACUGCUUGUACACGUAAUUCUUGCAGAGGGUGCCAAUUCUACCUUGACUUUCUGGCUAGCCUGAUCAUGCCUUUUUUACAUUCAUUUUGGUGAACAACCUUCUUUGCCACUCUUAGGGUGCCACUACCGGAAUUUUUUCCGUGUAUGAUUUUCUGAAAUGUACUAUGUAUAGUAAACUGUUAAUAUGCACUACUCAUUUUCAUCUGAGAAUAAAGCCUAUUCGCAGUGAUAAUAAAAUGAAAAGUCGAUUGCAUUGUCUGACAAAUUGACCCGAGAGAGGAAGACUUUUUCGUUGGCAAGACGAAACCUGUCGGCGCUACGCUGCAUACUUCAAGAGCAACAAAGACGCCUGUCUUUUGAACUUGAUUCCGUGCCUGCAGCUAGGUGCCUGCUCAAAUAAAAUCUGAUUACGAUGUUGUUGCGCAACAUCAUAGCAGAAGCAGCC